AUGUUGUUCAAAGCUCUGACUCUCUUUUCUCUCUCCGGUGCUGCUCUCUGUCACGGCGAUCAUGAGCAUCAGACUACCUUCUCUGGCCCACACAAGAGUCUCUGGUACAAUACCUUGCCUGGCGAUGGUGGCACUCAGGCCGAUUCCGUCUUCUCCGGGAUCUCUACCUUUGGUCGCCUACCUUACUUCCCUUGCUUGGCAAGCGAUGAGGAAAAAUUCGAUAUUGCCUUUCUAGGAGCUCCAUUCGAUACUGGCACAUCAUAUCGACCAGGUGCUAGGUUUGGACCCAGCGGUAUCAGACAAGGUUCUCGCCGUCUCAAUCUCUAUGGCGGAUAUAAUGUGCCCAUGGCAGCCAAUCCCUUCAACUUCUGGGGCAAAGUCAUCGACUGUGGAGAUAUCCCCGUGACCUCAUAUGACAACGCCUACGCGAUCCAGCAAAUCGAAGACGGACACAACACGCUCCUCAUGCGCAGCCCCCACACCGCAGCACACAAACGCGGCCUAUCCAAGCACGGCAAGACCCUUCCCCGGAUCAUAACCCUAGGAGGCGACCACACCAUCACCCUGCCACUCCUCCGCAGCGUCAACAAAGCCUACGGUCCCAUCUCCGUGGUGCACUUCGAUUCGCAUCUUGACACGUGGAAACCCAAAGUCUUUGGUGGUGCGCCUUCCAAACAAGCAGCCAUCAACCACGGAACCUACUUCUACCACGCCAGCCAGGAAGGAUUGCUUGCCAACGACACCAACAUCCACGCCGGGAUCCGCACCACCCUGUCCGGACCAACUGACUACGACAACGACGGUUACUGUGGUUUCACGCGCAUCGAGGCGCGCGAGAUCGACACCCUCGGCACGGCAGGCAUCAUCUCGGCGAUUCGGGAACGCGUCGGAACCGAAAACCCGGUCUAUCUGUCGAUCGAUAUCGAUACCCUGGACCCGGCUUUCGCACCGGCGACGGGCACGCCAGAGACGGGCGGGUGGAGCACGCGCGAGUUGAGGACGAUCAUCCGGGGCCUGGAGGGCAUCAAUUUCGUGGCGGCAGAUAUCGUCGAGGUGGCGCCGGCGUACGACACGAAUGCCGAGUUGACGACCAUGGCGGCGGCGGAUACGCUUUUUGAAGUCAUGACGUUGAUGGUCAAGAGGGGGCCGCUGACUGUAGAGGGGUUGGGUGAAAGCGGGCAGCAAGGAGAAGCGGCGGCGGCGGAGGAGGAGGAGAAGGAAGCCCAAGAUGCCGACAAAGGUGCGCAGGAGCUGUGA